AUGGGUCAUUUAUUCACUAAAAUGGCAACACUAUGGUUAGAACAACAAACGGCACCGAUGAUGACACAAUAUGGAUUAAAACCAACUUAUACCAAACGAAAACGUACUGAUUAUGAUGAUAUAUCGAACAAAAGGAAAAUUAUUAUUGAUUCAACAACAAUGAAUGAUAGUGAUGAUGAUGAACGUUUAUCUCUUUCGCCAAGAGUUUCUCCGAUAAUACCAAAAGUCACGAAAUCUUCUAGUUUUGUCAAUCGUUCUUUGUCAUCUAUGACAUUAUUUAAAUGUCAACUUUGUCGUCGAUGUCUCAGAAAUAAAGAUAUCUAUAUGGACCAUAUGACAAUGUGUGCUGUUCAACGUCAAGCAUCGAUUAAAAUUGUACGUGCGAAGAAAGAUAAAGAUAAAAUUUCUAUUCUAUAA